AUGUCGCGCCCGUUCCCUUACACCUUCAUUUCCUGCCCCUGUGCAGACACUCCAGUGCCCGACCCGGCAAGGAAGCGCAGGUCCAGAGAAUCGCCGCAGAAGCAAUCCCCACAAAAGCCAGCCCCACGACCUAAUACAACAAACGGGAAAGAACCAACAAAAGAUGAGCAGCAAUCAGAAGAGGAGGACGAAGAGCAGACCUUUGACCCGCGCUCUUCGCGAUCUGAUUUCUCCCUAUAUCCCCCAGAACAGCUUCUCUACUGUGAGGAAUGCCACCAGAUCAAAUGCUCCCGAUGCAUUACAGAAGAGAUAGUGAGCUGGUAUUGUCCAAGCUGCCUGUUUGAAACGCCGAGCAGUAUGGUACGCAGUGAUGGUAAUCGAUGUGGUCGAAACUGUUUCAACUGUCCUGUGUGCACAGCUCCAUUGGCAGUGAGUACGAUCGAGAAUGCAACAGGCAGUGGAACUCAGCAAGGGCCAUGGGUGCUAUCUUGUGGAUAUUGCCUGUGGACCACCCUUGAUAUAGGCAUCAAAUUUGACAAGCCGACCAACAUCCGCAGUCAAUUGCAGAAGAUGACUGACGCCACCCCUCCGGCUGCAUUCGACCGCUCAAGGCAAGCUUCUCGUACCUUUGACAGCCUCAAGCACCCGUUGUCCAGUGCAGCCUCGGUCGAUGAGCACGCGAAUGCGCGUGAGCGUAGUAUUGAGCACCCACCUAAGGAGGAUCCAGCAGCGCCCCCAAUGGGCACGGAUGCUCGAUUCGCAGCUUUGAAAAACUUCUACCGCACCCAAAUUGCCGAGACGUCAAACUCGCCUAAUGAUCACCUCAGUUCGGACUUUGGAUUCUCUUCGCCCGGUGCUCUUAACCGACUCAUGUCCCUGUAUAGCUCAUCAUCACGCCUGAGCGGGCUGUAUGGCGGCAAUAAGAAAACCAAAUCCAAGCCACCUGUUAUGCGCGAAGCGCUGACUGCAAAUGAGGGUCUUCAGGUUGCGCCAAAGGACGGCGAGGCAGACAUCAUUGCUCGGCUUUCGUCGCCAGGCUGUGGCUGGGAUGGGGUGGCAUCACUGGAUCAACGCGCGGCUCAGUCACCAGACGCACGGUUUGUCGAUGAUCUGUUACCACUACCAGUCCUCCUUCGCACCAAGCGAGCGAAACGUUGCAAGUCUUGCAAGCACAUUCUCGUGAAACCUGAGACAAAGCCACAGUCAACGCGCUUCCGUAUUCGGCUCAUCGCUCUCAGCUAUAUUCCUCUACCAACGCUCUGCCCUCUGGCCCUAUCUUCUUCCUCUGCCCUUCCCGCCAUAGCCCCGACUCCAGACCUCGAUUCUCUUUCACCUCUUCGCCCCAUUCACGUUCUCCUCACACUUAAGAACCACAUGUUCGACCCCGUCCGCAUAACACUUGCAACACCACCCGUGACCCCAGGCCGCGUUGCUACUAAAGUCACUGUUUUAUCCCCGCAAUUCGAGAUUGGCGCGAAUAGCGAUGUCUGGGACGAGGCAUUGCAGGGGGCAUCUGCACCUUUGUCUGCAGAUUCCAAGUCUUCUGGUCUAGGUCUCCGUGGUGUGCCCGAAGCAGGCAAGGUGUGGGACAAGGGUCGCAAUUGGACCACUGUGGUGUUGGAAGUUGUCCCCGGUACGUUGCCUGGCAGCAGUGCUGAAGGAGGGAACAAUAACCCUGAGACCACUGAUGAAGACGUAGUGGCUGUUGCGGCUUCAAAGAAAGACGAGGAUGUCCUUGAGAUCCCGGUCUUUGUGCACAUGGAUUGGGAUGCAGAUGCUCAAUUGGAUCAGCAGAAUAUCGGGAGGUCUAAGGAUGAGAAAGUCACCAGGGAGCUGGCUUAUUGGAUGGUCCUAGGUGUCGGCAGAAUCCAGGCUUCAUUGUAG